GUGCUGCGGCGUGACGCUACUGCUGGCUAUCGGCAGCUGGGGGAGGCUUAAAGAGACAACAAAAUCUCUUAGCCAGAGAAAUGAAGCGAGAACUGUUCAUACCAACCAAACAACAUGAAUCACACCGGGUUUCGAUAAGUCACAUUUAAAGAUAUCCAGCUGACAUCGAGGCCAUCAGUUACUUAUCUGCUUUGUGCCUCCUCUGCUGUGGCUCUGCACCAUGGAGAAUGUUUGCUGUCUGACUGAAGGCUGACCAGGAAUGAGACGCUUCAGGAGAUGUUCCCACGUGGCCUUUUGGAUACAGUAGCUGGGCUUUGGAGUGUUUUUUGUGUCAAGUGUUUGUGUGUGUCUGUGGGCACAUCCUAACACAACCUGCCUAUUCAUCAGGCAGGAAAAUGCUACUCUAACAGUGGAGCUAGAGAAAACACAAGAAAAGAGCCUCCAUUGUAAACAAGGAACAAGAAGGAAAAAAAGGGAAGCAAAGAUCUAUUGGAUAGACACGGAGAAAACUUCACCUGUAGUUCCGGCCCAUUUAAGCAUCUUCUGAUCCAUUAGACAUUUUAACAUCAGCACAUUCUUUCUGUCCUGUGAGAUUGUCUUCCCUCCCCUCCUUCAAAGCAUCCUUUGUCAAUAUUUUGGAGUUUCUAUGAUUUGCAUGGCUGGAGAAUAAUCGUGGAGAGGCCAGGGUAUCACAAGCUUAUGGAUUUUGACAAGAGAGGGGGCAAGGGAGAGACAGAGGAAGGAAAAAAGAUGUCUAAGGCAGCAGGCAGCAGGACUGGACAUGGUGGCCGGGGUACAGGGGCCAAUUCUGGUGUUCUUAUGGUUGGCCCAAACUUCCGUGUCGGUAAAAAAAUCGGCUGUGGCAACUUUGGAGAACUGCGGUUGGGAAAAAAUCUCUAUACUAAUGAAUAUGUGGCCAUCAAAUUGGAACCUAUUAAGUCAAGGGCACCUCAACUCCAUCUGGAGUAUAGAUUUUACAAACAGUUGGGAAAUUCAGAGGGGAUCCCUCAGGUGUACUACUUUGGUCCCUGCGGGAAAUACAAUGCCAUGGUGCUGGAGCUGCUUGGGCCCAGUCUAGAGGACCUUUUUGACUUGUGUGACCGUACCUUUUCCCUCAAGACCGUCCUCAUGAUAGCCAUACAGCUGAUAACACGGAUGGAGUAUGUCCAUACCAAGAGUCUGAUAUACAGAGACGUGAAGCCAGAAAACUUCCUUGUUGGUCGGCCAGGAAGCAAGAGGCAACAUACCAUCCACAUCAUUGACUUUGGUCUGGCCAAAGAGUACAUAGACCCCGAGACCAAAAAACACAUCCCCUACCGGGAGCACAAGAGUCUGACUGGGACAGCACGCUAUAUGAGCAUUAACACACAUCUGGGAAAGGAGCAAAGCAGAAGGGAUGAUCUAGAGGCAUUGGGACACAUGUUUAUGUAUUUCUUACGAGGUAGUCUCCCGUGGCAGGGCCUAAAGGCGGAUACUUUGAAGGAGAGGUAUCAGAAAAUUGGGGACACCAAACGGGCUACACCAAUUGAAGUUCUUUGUGAAAACUUUCCUGAAGAGAUGGCCACUUACCUGCGCUAUGUGAGAAGGCUGGACUUUUUUGAGAAGCCUGACUAUGACUACUUGAGGAAACUCUUCACUGAUCUGUUUGACAGGAACGGCUAUGUCUUUGACUAUGAGUAUGACUGGGUUGGCAAACCUCUUCCGACACCAAUAGGCCCAAUUCCCAGUGACACACCGCUGCAGCCCAGCAGCAGAGACAAAGCACAACAGCAGACCAAAAACCAGUCGCCUGAACCCAAAGGAAGUGAGUCUCAGCCCACUCCCGUGACCAAUAAGGAGACUCUGGGGUCCCACCUCACAGCUGAGCGGCUGGGGGGCUCUGUUCAGGUGAUGAGCUCGACAAACGGGGAGCUGAACACAGAUGAUCCGACAGCCGGCCACUCCAACGCUCCCAUCACUGCUCCCACUGAGGUCGAAGUGGCCGACGAGACAAAGUGCUGUUGUUUCUUCAAAAGGAGAAAGAGGAAAGCCCUCCAGAGGCACAAGUGAACGAAAAUGAACGCAGAGAACUUGAAACAUUGUGGUGACUGUCAAGUUUUAAUUGGAAGCUCAGCUCCCUCACCCACCUCUUCUCUUUAUCUCCCUCACCUUCCUUCUUCUGUCACGUUGUAUCCUUCACGCUCUCUUUCUCAUUCUCAGUGCCCCCCACCACCACCACCCCCUCCCCCUUCCCUCCACAAACACACACAAGCUACUGGAAAGCUAAAGGAAUGUUGCAGUCUUAACUGGCUCCACAACAGACUCUGGUUCCUUUUAUCAUUGAAAGCUGAAGUUACCUGCAUUUAUGACGGAAGCACGAGAAACCGUACAAGGCUGUAACGACGAGGCUCGAGUACCGUGACAUGAAUAUGAAAAAGAUACUGUUUGAAACAGUUGUUGUAUUCUAGAUUCCAUAAAGACGUAUAUUGUUCCAACAGUCAGCUGUUGAUCAGGGGAACCAUCAGUGGUUCAAGUGAACGAGACUUCAGAAAGUUUUGUUUUUUCUUUUCUUCCUUUGGUGUGUUUUGGGAACAAGUUAAGAGGAAAAGUUGAAGUAUGCCAUGUCACAGGAAGCAUUUCAUCUAUAAAACAGAACUUGGCAGGUUUUAUGUUUUGUUUUUUUUUCUUCUUCUUUGUAAUUGAGUCCUCAGUUUUUGAAGUUGCAACCGUGCAUUGAAAAAUGAAACAUUUUUAUGUUGUAGUGUUCUGAAAUUAAUUUUUUUCCCUCCUCCCCUCACUCUGGCUUUCUUUUUGUCUGUUAUCGUGGACUUCGUAGCACAGUCGCUGGCCUCAGGUACUGUGGAUGAUUGAGAGAAAAACCGAUAUUAAGCUCUCUUAUUAUUGCACUUUUGAAAGAAAAAAAUACCGUGGAAUUUUAGGUUUGAAAUUAACAAAUAAGAAAACAACUUAAUAAAGACUGACCUAGGAAGAGUCCUUCACAACGCUUAUAUCCGAGUUAUGGCUGAAAAGUGUUGUUGAGUUACAUGAAAAGAGAUAUGUCUUUUGAUUUUUAUUUCUUACAUUGAAAUACUUUACCAGGAAAUCAUAGUUUGUGCCUUUCUAAGUAAAAUGUUUAAAGCCCAA